CCUUCCUGCUAGGCGAACACAGUCACAAAUUGCAGACUGCUGAACUGCCUAAACCCUAAACCCUCUUCCAUUACACUCGCCUUUCUUUCUCUCUCUUCAACGACGCUUAUCAAUUCCCCAAUUCCAAAUUAGGGAUUCCAAUUCAGAAAAAUGUUGAGAAGGAACAUUCGAUUGAGGAGAGAGUAUCUCUACCGAAAAAGCUUAGAAGGCAAAGAGCGUUUGUUGUAUGAGAAGAAACGCAAAAUCAGAGAAGCUCUUGAAGAUGGGAAGCCAAUUCCAACGGAAUUGAGGAAUGAAGAAGCUGCCCUUCGCCAAGAAAUCGACCUCGAAGACGAUUACACUGCAGUUCCUAGGUCACUUAUUGAUGAUGAAUAUGCCAAGGCAACUGAACGAGAACCGAAGAUUCUCUUAACUACAUCAAGGGAUCCUAGUCAACCCCUUACCCAGUUUACAAAGGAGCUGAAGUUUGUCUUUCCUAAUGCAGAACGUAUGAAUAGAGGUGGCCAGAUUAUAAAUGAGAUAAUUGAAUCUUGCCGUGCACGAGAGUUUACAGAUCUUAUAUUGGUGCAUGAGCACCGUGGUGUGCCUGAUGGGUUAAUUGUUUGUCAUUUGCCUUUUGGUCCUACUGCAUAUUUUGGAUUACACAAUGUGGUUACCAGACAUGACAUCAAAGACAAGAAUUCAAUUGGAACAAUGCCAGGGGCUAAUCCACAUCUUAUUCUUAAUAAUUUCACCACCAAGCUAGGGGAUCGUACAGCAACCAUCCUGAAGCAUCUGUUUCCGGUACCAAAGCCAGAUUCUAAGCGAAUUAUUACUUUUGCAAACCAGUCUGAUUAUAUCUCAUUCAGACACCAUGUUUAUGACAAACAAGGGGGUCCAAAAUCAAUUGAACUUAAGGAGAUCGGUCCUCGGUUUGAGCUACGAUUAUACCAGAUUAAGCUAGGGACAGUGGAGCAAAAAGAAGCCCAGAAUGAAUGGGUACUUAGGCCGUACAUGAAUACUACGAAGAAGAGAAAGUUCCUUGGCGAUUGAUUGCAUUGAUUGACCUUAGAUCUGAUGUUGGCUGUUGUCAUUUCUUUUCUUCUUUAACAGGAAAAUACCUGUAAUUUUUCCUUGCGAUGCCUCACACUUCCCAUGGGUAGAUGAAUGCAACUUUAUGUUGUAAUUUGUAAUCAAUUUUGACACUAUGGAACAUUAAUUUGAUCAUGCUAUAAAAAUAGGUAAAAUCUCUGUCAGAUUGACCAUGAGUAAUCUACUGCUUUCUUUGGUAUUUAUA